ACUUUUUUUUAAGAUUUCCGUAUUAAUGAUUUUAUGUGGCGGUUAUUUACCUGCGCUGACUCAGACCAGUAGCGCACGUCCCAGCGCGCAUAUAUAUACGUCUCCAAAUCGUCCACCAACAACAUUAGUGAACAGAAUUCGCAACAAUGAAGACUUUGCUGUGCCUUGCUGUUUUGGUGGCUACGUGUGUGGCGUACGGAGCGUCCGUACCUAUAGACGCGGCGCCCAGUGAAUUAGCACCGGGAGUAGCCCCAGUGGCGGUGGCGGACGUUCAAUUACAAGCCGAAGAUACCCGUUUCCGUAGGUGGGGUCACAGAGGUUUCGGACACGGACAUAGAGGUUUCGGCGGCUACGGUCGCGGCUACGGCGGCGGCUUCGGUGGAGGCUACGGCGGCGGCUACGGCGGCGGUUUCGGCGGCGGCUACGGCGGCGGCUACGGCGGCGGCUUCGGAGGCGGUUACGGUGGCGGUUUCGGCGGUGGUUACGGUGGCGGUUUCGGCGGCGGAUUUGGACGCUAAUACCGUGCAGCGAUUUAGAACUUUUCAAACUCCAUAUUGAUUUCUGUGAUUAUUUUAACAAAAUAAAUUAUAUGUAUUAAGUAAGAAAAAA